GUAUUGGAGUUCUAAAACUGGCCGGUGGAAAUAUAAGGUUUAGCAAAGUAGUAAUCCUUCAUUGAAAAAAAUAUCUUAUAACGAAUAAGUUUUGAAAUGAAGAUGACUUUCCACUUGUGGCUUCAUUAGGAAAGAAAAAAUGUUUUAGUAAGUGUCUUCUGAUUGUUGUGAUUUAUUUAAAAUUAUAAAAAAUAACUUUCGAAGUUUUUUGAUAAAUAAAUGUUCUGAAGUUCCUUACAUUGUUGAGCAUAACACAAUGAAAAAAAGCUUCGAAUUAGUUGAUUCUUUAAUUUGUAAUGAAAAUAGAAUCAACUAUCCAUCUUCAUCAGCUUUCAAUAAUUUUGAUGCAUCUAAAAGACGUGCAAAAAAUUCAAUCGAUGAUUCAUUAGACAGUGACAAUUUCUCUGAAUCAAAUGAUCUUAACGACUUAUUUGAAAUUUCUAAAGACCAAAGCUCAAGUUCGAAUUUUGAUGGAACGUUCAGUAGUGAACUUCAAUAUAAUCAAAAAAUUCUUGAUCCAAGAAAGCUUUCUGAAAUGAAACGUAAUCCUCCAGCUAAAAAUUCUGAGCACUCAGGGGAUUUGGAAAAUGUGAUACAAACUUGCAAAACUCAGUGGCGUUCUUUUCUUACCGAAGACCAAACUGUGAAAAAGCAAGACGGUGCUCAAAUUUUCAGGAUUUCUUAUUUUAACGAUGAUAUCUAUUAUAUAUCUAAUUCAGGGCAGACUUUUCAUAUGAAACCUCAGGAAAAAACGAAAAGUCAUGAAAUCCAUCUUAACGAAUCUUAUUCAGAAGCAGAAGGUAACUGUGUGCAAUUAGAAGUUAAUGAAUCUAGAGCGCUUAAAAGCUUGUCGAACUCUAUGAAUUCAUCAUUUUCAAAAGAGCCACAUCCGAGCAUAAGUACCUUUAAACAUCCUUCUUAUUCAGAUAUCAUAAGCUGUCAACAAAAUUUUUUUGAAAAUGAUAUAGUUCAAAACGAGUCGAAUUUUUUGAAUUCUCCAACCAUUAAUAAUAUUUCGUUUUCACAAUUGGCACAUUCCAAUCCGAUAAACACCCCUGCUUCACUCCAUAAUCAUACACAUAUUUCAAGAAAAUUUUUGAAACAUUCUGUUAAACUUUGUGAGGAUUCCGCUGGAAAGUUACAUGAUCCGAGGCUUAACCCUAACAGGAAGAAACGAAAAAUGAAGGAUCCGAAAGAUAUUAUCUUCAAGAGAGUGAAAUGGGCCAGUGAUCCUGUAGUUUUAAAUAAAAUAAAAAGGCAAGAUAAUAUCAGAUCAAAUCCUAAUAACCAUGUGGUACUUUCUAAAGAUUCUUCAUUGAACUCAGAUCCUCGUCGGAAACAUAGCAAAAUAUUUUCUGAACAUAAUGUGCCUAGCUUUUGUCAAACCAAUAUUUCUUCUGUCAAAGAUAUUACUUCUAGUUCAUCUACUUUGUCUCCGCCAUCCAUUAUCAUUCAGCAUCAUUAUAUUUCAUCAUCUACUUCUCCAUUAGAAAAGCGUAAAACCAAAUUUUCACCAAACUCGAUGGAUGAGAAUUCACGGACAUUGCCUCUUAAGAAGCGAAAAAUUCUCUGUGAUGCGGUACCAUCGAUGGAAUUCAAUAAAAAUUGUGCAUCAGACGAAGUAAACUUAUUGGAAAAUCGCAGUAGCCAUAAAUCGAUCAGCAAAUCACAAAUUGGAACCAUUCUUGGUGCAAUCAUUGGUGACUCCGUUAAUGUUUCCAAAAAAUCAAAUUGUGACAAUUUUGAAAUGAAUGUACUUCACAAUUCGGCUAAAAGCCUAACUAAUAAGGAAAAAAACUUCAGUUUUUGUGCUGACAGUAAGAUAGCGAAAAGAAAGCGAAGUGCAGAAAGUGACAUUUACCAAGACCAAAUUUCUGAUGCAGCAACGACAGUUUCUUUUGAAAACCAACUAAAUUGCAGAAGUGGUACAGAACGCAAUGGAAAUUCGCUUCUUUCUCGGAACUGGAAUUCAACUCUUGAAGGGCAGCAUUUACCAUUAGAUGAUGUAGUUCUUAGAAGUGAAUAUAAUUAUCCAAUUAUCUUUAGAUCUGUUAACGCCAAUGGGCAGAACGAACCUAAAGAAAACUACCUGCCAUCAAAAAUUUCUUCAGACAUGAAAAGCUUGCAUUCUGUAUCUCCAGAAAAAUCGAAAAGAAUCGACGAGCCAGCUAGUAAUUCAACAGAAUAUAGAACUAUGUCCAAUUUGCAAUGGAGGAUAUGGCGUGAAAAGUAUCUGAAGUUAAAAUCUAAAAGGCAAGAAAAUAAAUUUGCCAUUAGAAAGGACAUUUCCUGUGAUAAAGCCUCUUUCAGAACUGGACAAUCUGAUCCAGAUAGUCAUGCCUCAUUAGAUGUUUCUGAUGCUCAAUCAUCUCAGAUGCAAAAUAUUAAUUCGCUAGUCCCAUCAUGUAAUUAUUUUAACGAAUUAGGUAUUCUAAAGAUUGUUCAUGUAUGUUCACAAGUCGAAAUAGGUAAACGUGUCAUUAUUUCUUUAAAAUUACCUCUUAAGCUGGUCAGUAAGUUAUGCUGGAAAUACUAUUUGAAUUUUUUAGUGAUGCGUAUAAAUAAGCGUAUUUCCAAAGAAAAACCGAUCUCGAAUCCUUCUUUUGAAAAUAUUCUUAAAACGUUUUUGAAAUAUCCAUUUGCAAAACAUCUAAUCAGGCAUUCUAAUAAUGGCUUGAAUGGAGACUUGAAGCAUCUCCUUCUUCAAGCUUGUAAAGAACAGUGUUCAGUACCUGAAGCAGAUGGAAAUGUUGGAAUCUUUAUUCCACAAAAUGAUGAUAUUUUAAGUGUCAACUCCAAGUGUGUGAAGCCAUCUAUUGGGCCAGUGAAUUCAGUUGUUGAUUGUAACGUAUUUCAGAAUAUACCAUCUGAAUCGAAUAAUAAUGAGCAUGUUUGCUUCAGUUCCUGCCGUCCUUUACUAAAAUCCUUAUCCCGCGAUGAUUCAAUUUCAUGCUAUAACGAUGGAAUAUUAGAUAAAACAGAAGAGGAAACCAAAAGCAUUAAUAAUAUCCAUAUUCAACAAAGAAAUGAGAUAGUAACUGAAAACAAAAAUAAUUUAAACACUGCAGUAUUAAAUCCAGUUAUUAAUUCUGAUCUAUUACAAAAUGUACAAUCUGAAUCGAAUAACACUGCACGUGUUUAUUUAAAUUUUCCCACUCCUUUGACAGAAACAUUUUUUUCUAAUGAUUCAAUUUUAUAUGGUGAUUAUGAAAUGGUAAAUGGUAAAGCAGAAAUCGAAAGCAAUCAUAACUCUACGCCCGUUGAAGAAGUUAAAAUCCCAGUUGAACAAAAUGAUGACAUCAUAAAUAAAAAUGCCAGUGAUGUGAUUUCAACAACUGUACCAAUAAAAUCAUUUGUUUCUGUUCCGUCGCAAAAUAUAUCAUCUGAAUCUAAUGCAGAUGUUUGUUUGCAUUCUGCUGAGGUCUCACUAAAUGCAUUUUCGACUUUGUGUUUUGAUAGUGAAAUAUUAGAAGAAACUGAAGAAAAAAUCGGAGAUAAUGAUAAUAGAUCUGUGCAUGUGUGUUUGGAUUCUCUUCCUGUUCUUCCCGAAGCACAUUCCACAAGUGAUUCAAAUUUACACUGUAAUUUUGAAAAGUUAGAAGAACUAAAUGGGAACUUAGAAAACAAUAGUGAGUUUUCUACGUUUUGGUUAAAUUUAAAUACUCUAUGGGAUGAUUUCUUUCAUUUUACUGAUCUAAAGUCUUAUUUUGGCUCUGAAUCUUAUAAUACUGAAUCUAUAUUAAUACUGCUGAAGAAGAAAGGAAUAUCUUUUCCUGUAUUAGAACAGUUUAGCUUUUUAAAUAUGAAUAGUGCAUGCUAUUUUAAAAAUAAGUUUAUUACAGAAAUAUGUAGAAUUUUUUUUAUGCAUUCUCGUACCUUAUUUAUUUGUAGUAAUUUUGAUAUGAGUAAAAGUUGCCAUUUUUUAAACAUGUCAUAUGAACGCCUUAAGAUAAGAUAUCUUUGUUUAAAAUAUUUUUCAACUGAGAUAUCUGAUAAUUUGAUUCCCGUGUUUGCGAAAAUCAAAGAAUUCGAUACUUUUUAUUAUCUUAAUAUAAUUGAGGAAAAUUUAGUUUACUUGCAUGCAUAUUUUAAACAAAAUAAGGAACCGAUAUCCUAUAAGGCUGAUCCGGAACAAACUAAAUCAAAACUUUGUAAGAAUGAUCGUGGGCAAAAUAAUACAUCUUUAUCUUGUAAGGUUGAUCCAGAACAAAAUAAACCAAUAUCUUAUAAGGUUGAUUCGGGAAAAGAUGAGAUAUUUGUACCUUGUAAGGCUGAUCCGAAAAGAUUAAAGGAAAUUGAUGAAAUUUCUAGUAGGACGAAAACGGAAAGAAUCCCCGAAAGCAGUGACAAUACAUUAAAGAGAAAAAUUGAAAACAACACGGAUAUUUUAGAUUGUUCGUGUACAAUUACAGAAUAUCAAAAGUCUGAUAAAGUUGCUGUUCGUUCUAAGGGAAUGUCUUUAAAAAGUUGUUCUGAAAGUGGCACUUCGCAUAAUAAGCCACUUCAUGGCAGUAAUUCGAAAAAUACCCGACCAUGUAUUUUUAAUACUACUUGCCGAAUAAAAAAUGAAAAAAAGUGUUCUGCCGCUGAAAUCGACGUAUUGUUCCAAGAUUUUGAUCUGUUUAAGGAGGAUGGAGUUCUGUAUCAGUAUUAUAAACACGUAAGAGGACUUGGUGAACAUACAGUUAAUUUUGAUCUUAUUGAAAAGAAUGAGAAUGACUUAAAUGACGAAAUGCUUAAGUCAUAUAGAUUUUUAAAAGAGCAACUAAAUUAUCACAAGUCUUUGUUGCGUGGGCUAAUCAGUGUGGCAUCUAGUACUCAUGAAGACAAUACGAGAAUUAUUCGUGAUAUUGUAAAUCAGUUGGAUUUUAUUAAAGGAUACGAAGUUGCAUGCGACGUCUUAUUCCUUUAAAGUUCGUCGGUGAAUCUUAAUAAUAAAAAUUACAAAAA